AUGUCAGGUGGAAAUAUUAAAGUAGUAGUUAGAUGUCGGCCCUUGAAUUCUAGAGAACUUGCCCGGGGGGCGAAGUGUCUCAUCAGAAUGGAAGGUAAUCAAACGAUUAUUACUAGGCCAGAUCCAAAUGAUCCAGGAAAUUCUAGAGCUGCUAAAGGUGCCGAAGAUGUGAAAGCGUUUACGUUUGAUAAAUCGUAUUGGUCUUUUGAUAAGAAUGAUUCGAAUUAUGCCACUCAAGCAAUGUUAUAUAACGACCUUGGUGAAGAGCUUCUAGACCAUGCUUUCGGAGGCUAUAAUACAUGCAUUUUUGCUUAUGGUCAAACUGGCGCGGGGAAAUCUUAUUCUAUGAUGGGAUAUGGAGAAGACAAAGGCAUUAUACCCCUUACUUGUUGUGAAUUAUUCAAUCGUAUAAUUAGAAACCAAGAUACUAGUGUGGCCUAUCAAGUUCAAGUCUCUUAUAUUGAAAUUUACAAUGAACGUGUUAGGGAUUUGUUAAACCCUAAAAAUAAAGGAAAUCUUAAAGUUAGAGAACAUCCAGCUUUAGGUCCAUAUGUAGAAGAUUUGUCAAAGCUGAUUGUCACUUCAUUUCAGGAUGUUGAGAAUUUAAUGGACGAGGGUAACAAGGCGAGAACAGUUGCUGCAACAAAUAUGAACGAAACAUCAAGUCGGUCUCAUGCUGUAUUUACCCUGUUAUUAACACAAAAAAGGCAUGACGCUGAAACAAAUAUGGACACGGAAAAAGUAUCUCGAAUUAGUCUUGUGGAUUUGGCUGGUUCGGAACGUGCUAAUGCAACCGGUGCAACUGGGACUCGGUUAAAGGAAGGGGCUAAUAUCAACAAAUCUCUUACAACUUUGGGUAAAGUCAUUGCCGCUUUAGCUGAACAAUCCUCUGGUGAUAGUAAAAAAAAGAAAAAAGAUCAAACAUUUGUCCCAUAUAGAGAUUCUAUUUUAACUUGGUUACUGAAAGAUAGUUUGGGUGGUAACUCUAAAACUGCUAUGAUUGCUGCCAUUUCUCCGGCCGAUUAUGAUGAAACGCUUAGUACCUUACGUUACGCCGAUGCAGCUAAACGCAUCAAAAACAAAGCCGUUGUUAACGAAGACCCGAAUGCAAGACUUAUUCGUGAACUUAAAGAAGAAUUAUUAAUGUUGCGUAGUAAACUUGGCGUCGAAGGAGGAGCAGGAGAAGCCUCUUAUGAUUCCAGUAUUCCUCCUUCUCAACAAGUGGUUGUGCUACAAGAUAGGAAUGGAAAUACUAUAAAGAAAACGAAAGAGGAGUUAAUCGAUCAAAUCCAAGCUUCUGAAAAAUUAAUGGAUGAAGUAAAUGAAACUUGGCAGGAAAAAGUAAAAAAGACCGAAGAAAUCCAGAGAGAACGUGAAAAGACAUUGGAAGAUCUUGGUAUUAUGGUUGAAAAAAAUGCGGUUGGUGUACAUCCUCCUAAAAAAGUACCACAUCUUGUUAAUCUCAAUGAAGAUCCGCUUAUGUCAGAAUGCUUAGUAUAUCAAAUAAAACCUGGACAAACGCGAGUUGGUCGUCUUGAAUCUGAUAAUCAAUCUGAGAUACGUCUAAGUGGUGAAAAUAUUUUAGAUGAGCAUUGUUAUUUCGAGAAUGUAGAUGGAGUUGUUACGUUACAUCCUCACCCAAAUAGUACAACAAUGGUCAACGGUAUGCGUAUAAGUAAAUCAAAAAGGUUAAGAUCUGGAUUCCGUAUUAUUCUUGGGGAUUUCCAUGUGUUUCGUUUUAAUCAUCCUGAAGAAGUUAGACGAGAACGAGCAAAAUCGAAGCAACUUAGCAUUAGCAUUGCAAGUGCACAACAACCAACUUCGAAUGGAAAUGGAGAGGAUAGUGGUAAGGCCCCAGAUUCUCCGACAUCUACAGCUUCUCUUAUGUCAGAAGCGGUAAUAGAUUGGAACUUUGCAAAAAGAGAAGUAGCACUUCAUUAUUUGAAUUCUGGCGCAGAUUCAACAUUUGGGACUUUACCAGAUGAAGAUUUACAACGGUUGAUGGAUGAUAUAAAAAAAAUUCAAAGUGCCAGAAGAACUCGACCUGAUAGCAGAAGUGGUGAUUUUGAAGAUGAUACGGUUUCGCAUACAUCUGAUAAACCGGGAUCUAAUGAAACUUAUGAAACCAUCGAUUCUCCUUAUACGGAAAUACCACCAGCAGAAUUAGAAGAAAAACUCAAAGUUAUUAAAGAAGAGAUGCAACAGCAGCUUGAUUUGCAAAAACAGGAAUAUGAGGAUAAAAUGAAAUUGAUAGAAUCAUCAAAUCUUGAGGCUGAUGAAUUAAAAGCCGAGAAAAAGCAAAUGGAAGAGAAACUUAAGAUGGUUCAAGAAGAAAUGCAAAGGAUGCUUGAGGUUCAGGCUCAGGAAUAUCAACGUAAAAUAAGGCAAUCUAACGCUCCUUGUGAAGAAUAUAACUCACCACCUGAUGCUCCUCCUUAUAAUGAAGAAGAAUUACGUCUCAUUCAUAUGGCUCUCAAGAAAUGGAAACGUCAAAGAUUUGUCCAAAUGGCAGAAACAAUUCUUAGUAAUGCAGUAAUAUUGAAAGAAGCCAAUGUCAUUAGUAAAGAACUUGGAAAAAAAAUUCUUUAUCAAUUUACUAUUAUAGAAGAUGAACCCUAUCUUAAUCCAAUAUCUUUCCGGGAAACUACAUCUGCACUUAAUCAAUACUGUAACACUGACGACACCUCAUUACAUUCUUCUAAAAAACCUUGUGUUGGAGUUAAGGUUAUCGAUACCAAAAACGACGUUAUUUAUGUAUGGUCGCUCGAUAAACUCAAAGCUCGUUUACAAAAGAUGCGUAAUUUAUAUAAUUUCAUAGAUCGUCCUCAAUAUAGUAAACAUUUCAAUUGGGAAGAUCCAUUUUAUGAAAAUCCUUGCCCAACUUUCACUUUCGUUGGCAGUGCCAGCGUAGGAUUGACAUGUUUGCUUAUGAAAACUGAACUUGUGCGUGAUGUACCUGUAAUUCGUAGAUAUUCAGGUGAUAUUUUAGGGCAUUGUAAAGUUCAUAUUAAAUUUCUAACUGAUUUCGAAGAUACAACUUCAAAAGAUCCGCAUUCUUUAGAUAAAUCAAAAGAGAUUUCUUCAAAAUUAUUAGUCGGUUGUCAAGUAGUAUUUGAAGUGAAAAUUUUAGAGCUCACCGGUAUAAAAGAAUCACAAUUUUCCCAAGUUCAUGUACAAUUCAAGUUAUCCUCUUUUGGUAAUGUACAUCCCUUAUCAUCGGGCGAACAUGUAUACGCAACAGAUCCUGCAAGCGAUUUUGGAAACGGAAAAAUCACUUAUAAUUAUGAACAACCUUUAAAGAUGAUUGUCACUCCUGCAAUGAUGGACAUGCUUAUCAAUGGCAUGUUGGCUUUCGAAGUAUUUGGUCGUGCAAACCGUUGUGUAUUGGAAGAGAUGGAAAAAUGGGAUGAUCAUAAAGAACGACCACUUGAUCGUGGUAUUAACGGAAAUGGCUCAUCUGAAAUUUCAGUCACCCGGGAACGCCGUUCCGAGGAUGAAUUGGUUGCCGAGGAAAAACAUGAUGUAGUAGCUUGGGUUCAGGUUUGCGAGCUUGCUUCAUCGGGAGAGUAUGUGCCCGUACAAGUGCUUUCUCAAAAUCCCCUAGAUCCCGGUGCCUUUUUUUUAAGACAAGGUUUACAGCGACGUAUUGUACUUACACUAACGCAUAAUUCUGGUCGACAAUUUCCUUGGAAUCGAAUUACAAAGAUGGAAAUAGGAAGAGUUCGAUUAUUAGACGGAAAAGGAAGAUUAGCUGAAUCACCAGUACAAAAUGAUAUACAAAUGAACUUGUUACCAGCCCAAAAUGUUCAAUUCAACAGGGAUGGUACUAGUGUAAUAGUUGCUCAGGCUUCAUGGGACAGUACACUUCAUGAUUCUAUAUUUCUUAAUAGAACUACACAUUCAAAUAGUCGUGUUCUAUUAGGUCUGACUUGGUAUGUUGAAGCUGAAAAAUGUGUUGAACCAAUUUCUUUCCAUAUGGAUAUUGCAGUGCAAAUCCAAGGUCGUGAAGCUCGUCCACCAUCAAAAUUGAUUCAAUUGUUAAAUCAAUCCAAAGUUUUGUGGAAAUCUAGUGGGUUAUUUUCGGUAAUUCUAAAACCACCCAUGACUCGUAAGAUUUCUGAAUUAUGGAGAUUAAAUACAGCUAAUAAAUAUGUUCGUGGUGAAGAAUUUUUGGGUAAUUGGAAACCCCGUGGAGUAUCUCUUGUUAAGGACUAUAAAAAAAUCAGUGAACUUAUUCGUAGGCAAGAGGCUGUUGAGUGUACAAAACAGAUACUUGCAGUACACGAAGCUCGCAAAGUAUCUUCUGAUGAAAAACUUGAGAAUUGUUCUAAUCCUAAUAAUGAUUUAGCUAAAAAAGCUGUUACUCUUUGGAAGAAAAAGUGGGGCAUAACCAAAGAGAUUGUUAUAAAUCAAGAGCCUCCUCUAUCGGGACCUCAUCAAGAUGCCAGUUCUUGGAGAAACACAAAACCAUCUAAAUUGGUUGCGCAAGUUCGAAUGGUUGGCAAAACUGAUACAAUAACCAAAAAAGGUUAUUUGUUUACACCGGAAAAUGCGAACGAUUAUUGGGUCAAGCGUUGGUAUGUCUUGAGGAGACCAUACCUCUUUAUCUAUGAGUCCCAAAAAGAAACGGAAGAGCAAGGUGUCAUCAACCUUGCAUCGGUCAGGAGACAAAAUGUAUUCGCAAUAUAUACGAAUAAUAAUGCGUAUAUUCUUCAAGCUUCUUCAAAACAGGAGAUGGUUGACUGGAUUUCAAAGGAUCAUUCUCACUUAGACCUCGUUUUCAAUUUACGUCAGAUUGAUCAAUUUUAUCAAAUCGAAGCGUUGGACCUUAAAAGUAAAAUCUCUUCGAUGGACAACUGUUUGAAAGACGGAAUGUCGCCAACUCAAGCAAUUCAGUUGCCAAGCCCGCAUCAGAUUUUGAACCGAAAUUACGAGCAACCUAAUAAUUCUACUUAUCAUAAUCACGGCACUGUUAGUUCUUCUAAUAACUCUCCUUCGAAUAAUCACUCGGCUACACAAAAUACACAAUAUACAUCACCAAAACCUGCCUUGAAUCGUCCGCACUCUCCAUCACCAUUAUCUAUGGAAGCUCCUAUAUCGGAGUCUAAAUAUUCUUUUCCUAAUCCAACUCCACCACAUGACGCAAAUAAUAACAUGUCAUACAAAUCUUCACCAACCGAUCAAAGUAACACGUCGACUUCUUUGGCACAUUCUCCUUCUAUUCCUUCACCUACUGCAGAACCAUUUACAUCUCGUUCUCUUGCACCUCUUGAGCCUCAUCAUUCUGCUAUACCGUCUUAUUUAACCGCUCCAAGACGUGGUUCAAUUACGGAUCCUUACAUUCAUUUAUCUGUUCCAAAUCCAGAAUUGGCACGACAAUACUCGCAACCUGAUAUUAAUUUUCCAUCCACGACAGUUUCUUCUGAACGUCGUGGAUCAUUUGUGGAUCAAUAUCCACCUUCCCCUUCAUCAUCUCUUUCACGUCCAUCAUCUGUCAAAAGUGAACAAUCUUUUUCACCAAUGGAAACUCGUAAACUUAGGGAUGCGUUACCAUCUAUCAGUACUAAUGGAAGCCCUAUCAAGGAUGGUUUUCCUGGUCCAUUAAUGAAUCCGGCAUUUCAAGCUCAAUUGCAACCACGACGACAUUCUAUCGCGGUAGGGGAAGUCGUUGCUCCAUUAAAGCGAAAAAAUGUUAUUAAUGUUCCAGUACCAAGUCAUCCAGUGAAUGUAGAUGAUUAUCCUGUAAAACGACGAGAAUCUGUUGGAGAUCCAAACAUACAACGUUUAUCACUUUAUGAUCGUAGAAAUUCUUAUUCUGCUCCAUCGAGUCCACCAGCACCACCAUCUUCAUCUUUUAUUUCUUCAAAUAGUCUGUUGCCUAAACUUAAUGUUCAUGAUGUAAACACAAGUUUACAAUCUCAUGCCGAAUCAUGUUCAAUCCAUCAUCAAUAUAAUGAUAAUAUUUCUGAUCAUCCAGUGUCAGGCAAUAUAUCACAAGCCCAUCUUUCUGAACAGAAUGAAUCUUCUAUAUACCCUCCUUUUAGUAACCCUCGUUUAUCUCAAAUUGUGCAAGAAGAAGUUAGCGCUCCUAUAUUGGCUCGUCGUGCUUCAAUGCCAGUAAUGGCUUUUCCUUCUCGAUUUUCUGAUCCUGUACAGCAAGAUGGUACAAUGCCGAUGGACGUUGACCGUUAUCGUACACAAGGGUACAUUCAACAAACAAAUCAAGUAAAGGAAACUCCAUAUUCUCGUUCUCCCGAAUUGAGGAUAUCACAUAAAUUGGCUGAACGUAAAAGGAGAAAAGAAAUGAAAGAACUUUUUGAUGAACUUCGAGAUUCAUUACCCGUAGAUAAAAGUUUAAAGACAAGCAAGUGGGAGAUCUUGAGCAAAGCCGUUGAGUUCAUCAGCACUCUAAAGCAUAGUCAAGAUGAAAUGCACAAAGAAGUUGAAUCAUUGAGACAACAGCUUGCUGCGUUAAAAGGAUGUGGCAACAGUGAAUCAAGCACAUCAUCUACAACAUCUUAA